AUGAAUGUUUUUGCCAGGGCCGCCCCCAAAAAAGGCGAGAACUUCGAGCUCAGGGCUGACCUCAACAGCGAGUACCGCGACAAGCGCAAGGACGCCAUCAAGCGGGUCAUCGCCAACAUGACCGUCGGAAAAGAUGUUAGCGGCCUCUUCCCCGACGUCCUCAAGAACAUGCAGACAGACGACAUCGAGCAGAAGAAGCUCGUAUACCUCUACCUCAUCAACUACGCAAAGACCCAGCCCGAGCUCGUCAUCCUCGCCGUCAACACCUUCGUCAAGGACUCCGACGACCCCAACCCGCUCGUCCGCGCCCUCGCCAUCCGCACCAUGGGCUGCAUCCGCGUCGAAAAGAUCAUCGACUACCUCUGCGACCCGCUGCAGAAGUGCCUGCGCGACGAGAACCCGUACGUGCGCAAGACCGCUGCGCUGUGCGUCGCCAAGCUGUAUGAUCUCAAGCCAGAGCUAGUCCUGGAAAACGGCUUCUUGGACCAGCUGCACGACAUGGUCUCCGACAGCAACCCCAUGGUCGUCGCCAACACCGUCACCGCCCUCUCCGACAUCCACAUCGCAGCCUCAUCGCAGCCCUCCACGUCCUCCUCCGACCCCGCCCUGUUCACCAUCACCCCGACCAUCCUCAACAAGCUGCUCAUCGCGCUGAACGAGUGCUCCGAAUGGGGCCGCGUCGCCAUCCUCUCCGCGCUCGCGCGCUACGAGGCCAAGGACGAAAAGGAGAGCGAACACAUAUGCGAGCGCGUCGUGCCGCAGUUCCAGCACGUGAACGGCAGCGUCGUCCUCGGGGCCGUCAGGGUGAUCAUGAUCCACAUGCGCGGCGUACGGCGCGAGGAGCUCACGAAGCAGCUGGUGCGCAAGAUGGCGCCGCCACUAGUCACGCUGCUCUCCUCGCCGCCCGAGGUGCAAUGGGUCGCGCUGCGCAACAUCAACCUGCUGCUCCAGAAGCGGUCCGACAUCCUGUCGAACGAGAUGCGCGUCUUCUUCUGCAAGUACAACGACCCGCUCUACGUCAAGGUCGAAAAGCUGGACAUCAUGGUCCGCCUCGCGAACGACCACAACGUCGACGCCUUGCUCAGCGAGCUGAAGGAGUAUGCGUCCGAAGUCGAUGUCGACUUCGUGCGGCGGAGCAUCAAGGCCAUCGGCCAAGCCGCCAUCAAAAUCGACGCGGCUGCCGAGCGGUGCGUCAACGUCCUCCUGGACCUCAUCGCCACACGGGUGAGCUACGUCGUGCAAGAAGCCGUGGUGGUCAUGAAGGAUAUCUUCCGGAGAUACCCAUCCACGUACGAGGGCGUCAUCCCCACGCUCUGUGCCAAUCUCGAAGAGCUGGACGAGCCCGAGGCCAAAGCAUCCUUGAUUUGGAUCAUCGGCGAGUACGCCAACAAGAUCGAUAACGCAGACGAGCUGCUCGGCAUCUUCGUCGAUACCUUCACAGAAGAGUCCUAUCCGGUGCAACUGCAGACGCUCACGGCGGUGGUGAAGCUGUUCCUGUACAAGCCGGACACGUCGCAAGCGAUCGUCCAGCGCGUGCUCAACACCGCGACGAAAGACUGCGACUCUCCCGACGUGCGGGAUCGGGCUUACAUCUACUGGCGCCUGCUGUCGUCAGACCCGGGCGCGGCAAAGUCUGUCGUGCUGGCGCACCGGCCGCCAAUAUCGCUCCCGCGCACGACCGUGGCGCCGGCGCUGCUGAACGAGCUCCUCGGGGAGAUCUCGAACCUCGCGAGCGUCUACCACAAGCCCGCGGAGACGUUCAUCGGGCAGGGGCGCGUCGGCGCGGACUCGAUGCAACGCAAAGGCACAGACCCCGCCGACGAGCGCCUCGCGACGCAAAAGGCGCUGCAGACGGUCGCGCUCGGGCAGCAGGCGGAGAACCUGCUCGACUUUGACGACGAGCCGGCGGCGCACGGCCCGCCGACGGGGCUCGCGGCGACGCAGGUGUUCCAGCAGACGCCGGCGGCGGCGAGCCUGCUCGCGGGGACGUCGAGCAACCCGCUCGACGACCUCGUCUCGAUAUUCGGGAGCGCGGGCAUCGGGGGCGCGCCGCCGCCGCCGCCGCCCCAGGCGUCCCAAGCGCAGGGGCAGGCGAACGGCGCGCAUAUGAACGCGUUUGGGGGCCUCGGGAUGAUGGGGCUGGCGGAGCUCGGGUCGCCGCCGCCGAUCUCGCCGACGGCGGCGCCGUCGCAGAACAGCGUCGUGUCGCCGGUGUCGACGCAGAAUCCGCAGGAGGACUUGUUGGGCCUGUUUUAGGCCCCCACGACCUACGGGGGGGAGACUCGGUGGUGGUGGCGAAGCGGCUUGUGGGGCGGGGCGUUGUUGUUGUGUAUCGUGUUUGGAUUCUUUUUUUUUUUCGUUCGCUCAUCGAUGUCUCUUUUUGCGUGGAAUUGCAGCUGAUUUUACCUGGCGGGGGCUGC